CCUUCUACACGCUUUGCUUUGCUUCCAUCUCUGAUUUUACCGUUUCUUCUUCUUCCUCUCGAUUUCCGUCGUGGUGAUCGCCGAUGGAGCCGGGUUCUUUGUUGCAGCGGUACCUUCGUGACCGGAAAAAUCUGCUGGCAUUCUUGCUUUCCUCGCGUUUUGUCAGAGAGCUGAGGACUCCGGCAGGUCCUGUCACUGAUUUAUCCGCCAUCGACCUUGACUCUCUGAGCGCUAGCUAUGUUUUGGAGUGCAUUAAGUCUGGUGGAGUUAUUGACAUUUCUACAGCUACUAAGAAGAAGCGACAUGAAUCUUCUUACCCGAUAAUGAUACAAUCUCGACUACGGACUUCUUAUUUUCUACUUUCUCAUCCAGAUUUGUCUGGAUCACCUCCUAGCCGUGCGCCACCACCACCUAAAAUGGUGGAGAGAUCCUCUAGUGACAUAUCGUGUUCAUCUAGGUCGCUUGGGUCAUCAGUUGAUGACAAUAUUGCAACUUAUAGUGAUGACUGUGGUCCUCAGUCUAAUGGAACAACAGCCACACCUUCGAAACUUGUGAAGGAUCUCAAAGUUCCGGCUUUAGGACUACCUAAGUUGUAUACAGGACUGACAGAUGAUGACUUGGAUGAAGCAGCAUAUUUAAUCUUGCUUGCAUCAAUCGCAUUUUCUGGGGUUGAAAUCUAUUCAUCUGAGGAUAAAAAGAAAGAAAAUGGUAUUAAACAUACUGUAGGGAUGACAAGUAUAAGGAAUGAACUAGAUGUUCAAUCAGAGAAUUUUGAAGGACAUUUGAAUUUUCUUCACGCUAUCCGCACCCAGAUGCAGAUUUCAGCAAUUUCUGAUGCAUGUAUGAGGAAAAGAUUAAUGGAAUUGGAUGCAAAGAGAAACUGGGGGCAAAUUAAUGUUCCUCAAGUUUUGUUGGUCCUCUUGCAUGGGGUUUUCAGGUCUGAUUUUCCUAGUGAGAAAGCUUAUAUGCAAUGGAAGUUCAGACAGGUCAAUCUUUUGGAAGAAUUCUGUUACUCUGCUAAUCUUGUAGCUUCUGAACGUCAAAUCUGUGAAAGUUCUCUUGUGAAGAUCAGAAGUACAAAGGAAUGGGAUAUCAAUAUGGUUCGAUCUGAGCGUGCUAAAGUAUUGUCAGGUAUUGGACAAGUACUGUCGAAGUUGCCAGCUCCCUCUGCUUAUCACUUAAACAUCAGGUUAUAUGAGAAAUUGAUUUUAGGCAUAUUUGAUGUUCUUGACGACAGCCAUCCCGUUAUGGAAGUGGAUGACAGUCUCGUCCUUCUCAAAUUGACUUGGUCUGCUUUAGGCAUCACUCCGGAAGUACACAGUGUGAUCUUCGGGUGGGUCCUUUUCCACCAGUUUGUCAAGACAGGUGAAGCCUCAUUCUUGGACGAGGCCAUUCUUGAGUUACAGGAGGUUGCAUCAUCUAAAGAUGACGGUGGGAAGGAAGAACAAUAUUUGAAAAGCCUAUCAUGUUCAAUAUCAUGCAAUGGCAAUGAAAUGAAGUUGAGUUUGGUGGAGUCCGCCUUCUUCUUAAUUAGCAGUUGGUGUGACAUUAAACUACAAGCCUACCAUUUGCACUUCCGUGAGAAAACUUCCUACUUUGGGAAAGUGGUGAGCCUGUUGUCCACUGUUGGAGUUGUUACUGAUUGCAAUACUGUAAAGUUAACAAAAUUGGAUGGUUUGAAAGCAAUUGGAGCUAGAAAACUCAGAACCUAUGUCGAGAGGUCCAUAGAAGCUGCUUACAAAGAGGCGGAGAAUAAUGCAAAUUCUGAAUCCAAAGCGAGUAUACAUCCUCUGGCACUCCUUGCCAAUAGGCUACGAUUGGUUGUGGAGAAAGAAAUUACUGUAUUCUUCCCGGUGUUACGUCAAUUAUGUCCUGAUUCUGGGAUAAUUGCAGCGAUGCUAUUGCACCAAUAUUAUGGAGAAAAACUGAAGCCAUUCUUAAAGGAAGUAUCGAAGCUUUCAGAUGAUGUAAGGUCGGUGCUUCCAGCUGCCUAUUCCUUAGAUCGUGACCUAACUCAUUUAUUUACUGCUGCUUCCAAAGAAAGUAGAUUAAGCCCUCUUCUCAAGGAAGACCUUGAGCACUAUCCGAUUGUACAAAUUGCUAAGCCCAUAAUUCUUGACUGGAUGAUCGAUCAACUGGAACAAACCUCUGAAUGGACUGGACGUGCUUUCAAGUUAGAGGAUUGGGAACCAAUAUCGUUUCAGCAAAAUCUGGCAGCAUCAGUUAUUGAAGUUUUUAGAAUUAUUGAGGAGACUGUUGACCAGUAUUUUGACCUGAACCUUCCGAUGGACAUCACACAUUUGCAAGCUCUCCUGUCCAUUGUCUAUCACAGCUUGGAUGGCUAUCUAUCGGGUCUUCUCAACCAGUUAGUUGAGAAGAAUUAUUUGUAUCCACCUGUUCCUCCAUUGACUCGUUUUAUGGAGACAGUUGCAACAGGAAAGAAAAAGUUGCCCGAAUGUCAUUUAGAUGAGCAUGUGAGCAGCAAAUUGAAUGGAUUGACAAUAUCUAAGCUUUGUAUAAAAUUGAAUACCCUUGGUUACAUUCAAAAACAAAUUGAAACACUGGAGGAUAGAAUUGGAAAAUCUUGGGCACUUAUUGGAGAAUCUGCUAAGCAUAAACGCGCCCAGGAAGAGGCGAUUGUCAAUGGUGGUCUUCGUACCUGUAGUGACGAAGUUAAUGAGUUGUUUGCCAACACUUUCAACAACAUUAAGAGUUUCAUUGCAAAGGCUAUCAGCAAGUUUUGUGACAUUACUGGCAUAAGAGUUAUUUUUUGGGAUCUCAGAGAUGGGUUCAUCUCGUAUUUGUAUCGUGGCAAUGUUGAGGCUGUUCGAUUAGAAGACGUUCUUGCACAUCUUGAUACGGUCCUAAACAAUGUAUGUGGCAGGAUCGACGAUACUCUUAGGGAUCUCGUGGUAUUGAGCAUCUGUCGAGCAUCAAUGGAAGCCUUCAUAUGGGUGAUGCUUAAUGGAGGUCCUUCACGUGCAUUUUCUGAUUCAGAUAUUGUUCUCAUUAAGGAAGAUCUCGGUAUAUUGAAGGACUUCUUUGUAGCUGAUGGAGAAGGUCUUCCCCGUACUCUUGUUGAGAAGGAAGCAAAAUUUGCUGAAGAAAUAUUGGGCUUAUAUUCACUUCCGACUGAAACUAUUAUUCAACUGCUGAUGAGCUCAGGUGGGGAUAUUUCUACGGAAUUGGAUCCGUGUAGUAAUAAUGGCAAUCUUCAUUUUAACGAUUCCCAGGCAUUGGUACGAGUCUUAUGCCACAAAAAAGAUACGGAAGCUUCCACGUUUCUAAAGCGAAAAUUUAAUCUCCCUGCUUCUUCAGAUUAUGAUAUGACCCCCUUGCAAGCCUCAACUCAGAGAUGACAUCCGACUUGUGACAAAUUCAAACUGUGAUUCAUAAUUGAUAGAAAAUAGAAUGACUUGGCAAUUUCCAACGGCCACUUUGCACAAAGAGUAGGAAAGGAAGAGAUUGAGUUUGGUCCCAUGUGGGUAGAUUUUACUUGCCGAAGGCAAAUUUUAUGGGUGAUCCAAUCAAGAGUGGAGUUUUGCCUUAAAAUGUAAAUAAUAUAUUUCAUUUUAUAAUAAAACGAAAAUUGCAUUUGUGUUUGAUUA